AAGAAGGGUUUCCUCUUUCGUCUCCCCACCCAGGAAACGAGCUCUCAAAGCUUUUGAACUUUCUUGGCUCUCUCUUACACUCACCAAGGACACAAUCUGUCUUUACUCACCAAGGGAAAAAGAAACAUGAGGGACUUGCAAGGAAGCCGAACGGGGACGGUGAACGAAACCAUCACCGAGGCCACAGUUGUCGUGAAGAGGCUCCAAACCCCGGAGGGCAAACUUGCCCAGAUAGAGCUCUCCGUGGGCGUGGUCGCCUUCCUGCUCCUUUUACUUGUAGCUUUCGGCUCAUUGAGGCGUCGGAACAACAGUCCGAUGCUCAAGGUCGUGCUGUGGGCGGCGUUCACUCUCUCGGGCUACUUGAUAACAUACACGCUUGGGCUAAUGCACGAAUCCCCGUUCCGCAACCCACUGUUCCCGCUGUGGGCUACUUUCUUGAUGAUCUUCCUCGGAAGCUCGAAUUCUUUCUCUGCAUAUAGUCUCGAGGACAAUGAGCAGUGGAAGCAAUAUGCUUGGCAACACAUAGUCACGUUCAUAGGGUUUGUAACAUUGUGGGCAUUCUAUCUGACCAUCUUGCCAUUGACGCUGGCGGUUUUCGUACUCUAUUUUGUCCUCCUAAUGCUUAAGACCACAGAGAGAGCACUAUCGCUCGUGUCGUUGCACGCGGGUGGCCGGCAUAGAAUCACAAAAUGGGUCGUGGAUCAUGUUAGCGCUGAGGAUUGUUCCCCGGUUCCGGAUGACAAUCCUAUGGAAGGAUGCAAAUAUGUGGUGAAAGCGAGUCGGACCGUACUCCUGAAAGUCCUUAGCGAAGGCGCAGCACCAUCGCCAAAUUCUUCAAAAGACGACGGGGAAGUCAUCACCGUAGGAAAGGUGUGGGCAUGCAAAGGGCCGCUUUUGAACUCAAAAAAAGGAAAACACACAGGUGACAAGCUCGAGGAACACCCGGGUGACAAGCCGGGUAACAAGCUCGAGGAAGGUGACAGGCUCAAGGAUAUUUGUCUCUCUUAUGCGCUCUACCUGCUUCUCCGUUUGAAAUUUUCGCGCUACUUGUUGCCGGAAAAAGCUCAUCGGAAGGCGUGGGUUUUUAUUCGAGAUGGAAUUCUUCGGCAAAAAAGUGGGUAUGAGCGAGCAUUUCGAGUUGCCGAAGUCGAGCUUACCUUUCUUCACGAUUAUUUCUACACCAAUUACCCCAUCAUUUUCCAAGCGCGCCUUUGGCCGCUGAAAGUGGUGGAGCUUUUGUGUUUGAUCAUAGGCACUAUGCUAACAGUUGUAUUCCUGAUGCCCAAGACCACAAAGCCCCAAGAUGCAGUUGUCCAAUUGGUGACAUCCCAUGGGUUGAGCGUCGACGUUCUCAUGACUGCGCUUGUUCUCAUGGUAUUCAUAUGUGUUGAGGUUGUCCAGCUCUAUCUGAUGGCUAUCUCCGAAUGGGCGAAAGUUAGAUGGCUUUCCAACUAUGUGGAAAAGAAGUCGUGGCACGGGAACAAGCUCAUGGAGAAGCUGAUAGGACUAAUAUGCCGGGUACAUUUGAAGCCUUGGGAAAGGAAACUUCGCCAAUACUCUUUUCUCGAAUCGUACAAUUACGUCCCUUCCAGAUUUCUCCACAAUUUCUUCACAACGUAUUUCAUUGAUGUCGUUAGGAGCGGUCAAAAACAGGGCACUCCCGUUGAUUUGUCAGACGAAGUGAAGAAGGCUGUAUUUGAUUCUCUGGUGAAAGGUGACGAGAAAUUGGUGAAAUUGAAGAAUGGACAAGCUUCUUUGACAGCAAACGGUGUGUCCAAUAAGCUCUCUUGGGCGUGCGAGCUCAAGACGCAAACUGAGGUUAUAAUGGUGUGGCAUAUAGCUACGAGCAUUCUUGAGCACAAGCCGCCGUUGAAAGAAGAUUCAAACUUCCGCGUAGCAACUCAGUUGUCCAAAUAUCUUGCUUACUUGGUGGCAUUCGAGCCAAGAUUGUUACCCGAUCAUCCUUUCGAUGCAGAGAACGAGUUCAACCAAACCAUCCAUGAAGCUCGGAAGGUGCUUGAGGGGUACAAGACAGAUGAAGCGAGAAUCAAACGACUGAAGAAGAUUGCGGAAACAUCAGGGGAUACGGUUAUGAAGCGGGGCGCUCGGUUGGGGAAUCAAUUGCUGGAAGAGGACUUGCAGCGCAUUUGGGAGAUUUUGGCUGAGUUUUGGGCCGAACUUACGUUGUAUGUGGCUCCAUCGGACGAUGCAAAAGCGCACGCCCAGCGCUUGGCAAUGGGAGGGGAAUUUGUGACUCACUUGUGGGCUUUGGUCUCUCAUGCCGGCAUAGAGCGAGAGCCUCCUAGUCAGCCACAGACUCUAACGCCAAGCCAAAGCUCGACCAUUUAAUAUUUGCCAUUCAAAUAUGGUAUAGCUAGGGAGCUCAUUCUUCGCAGCUACGAUUAGGGUGCGUUUAUUUCACGAAAUAUAUAACGAAUCUGUAAAGUGUUAUCCGUAAACUUAUAUUCCAGGAAAAUUGUUAGUUUUUUUUUUUUGUUUGGCGAUAUGUAAUUGUAAAAGUUUUAUGGUGUUUGAAUAAUAUUUGGAAAAUGAUUUCAAUCUCA